CACCGUUAAGGAAUCAACGGAAUUUCACAAAACCCUAGAUUACAGAACCAGAGCAAAUAGGGAACAAACAAAGCUUGAAGCUUUAAGGAUACAGACGACGCAUACAUGUAGAGAGAGAGACAUGGAUAAGGCUGUGGUGACGCUCGAUAAAGGCACAACAUGCUCUGCUUGGAACUACUGUGGGCAGAGAUUGGCUACUGGUUCGAUAGAUGGAACAUUAACUAUUUUCGAUUCAGCUGAUCCAGCUUCCUCGUCAUUCACCUGCAGUUCUAGAACUGGGGUUAAUGAGGCCAGCAUUGUGAAAGUCCUUUGGGUUCCUCCAGAAUAUGGUGAUGCAGUUGCAUGCAUUUUUGCAGAUGGAACUUUUUCAUUAUGGCAGGAGGUUGUUGAAGAUACAGAACCUCUUCGAUGGAAGCUGUGCAAGCACUUUGAACAUUCAAAACAAGUGCUAGAUAUUCAAUUUGAAGUCUCCCAAACAAGUCUGAAACUGGUUUCUGCGUAUUCUGAUGGCCACGUGAAAAUCUAUGAGCUCCUGGAUCCAUUGGAAUUGAAGAAUUGGCAACUUCAGGCUGAAUUCCUGAAUGUUAUCGAUAUGAUAUCCAAAACUGGGAAGGCUUCAUGUGUGUCUGCAUCUAUCUCUUGGAAUCCACAAAGAGGUGAAAGCCAGGAAUCAAGCUUUGUACUGGGUUUUAAUUCUGAUAUUCCACAACUCAAUUCCUCCAAAGUUUGGGAGUUUGAUCAGGAUCAUCAACGAUGGCUUCCAGUUGCAGAGUUGGCUUUGCCCGGGGACAGGGGUGAUCAGGUUUAUGCUGCUGCUUGGGCACCAAAUAUUGGCAGGCCAUACGAGGUGAUAGCCAUUGCAACCCACAGGGGAAUCGCAAUAUGGCACAUGGAAUUGAAACCUGACCCUGGAGGAAGGCUUUCAGUGGAGAAGGUUGCGUCACUCUCUGGUCAUGAUGGCGAGGUGUGGCAGAUGGAAUGGGACAUGGGCGGAAUGACACUAGCUACCACCGCAAAUGACGGGAUGGUGAGGUUGUGGCAAUCCAACUUAAAUGGGGUUUGGCAUGAACAGGCUGCAUUUGAACCCACCACUUAGCAUGCUGCUUCAUUGGUUCUUCUAUGUUUACUUCACAGCAAUGAAGUAAGGAUAUGUGUGGUGGUUGUGCAGCUAUCAUGUUCAAAAGGUUUUCAUCAGGCAUAGGAGGUUAUGUUCCAGCUUCUGGGAGCCGACUCCUGCUUGUUAAAUGUGGAGUUUGGGAAUGUGGUCAUCUAUUGAAAUUUGUUCAACUUGGAGAGAGUGUUUCUAAUGAAACCUUCACUAUGUUAUGAGCUAAAAUGCCAGGAUACUCGUCACAGGAUGAAAUGCACAACUCUCUUAGCUCUGUAUAAUUAUCCAUCCAUUGUCUGCUUUCAGGCCAUUGCGAGUCUUGGGUAUUGGAGUUUGUUCGACUUGUGGGUAGUUCUAUCCUUGGUCUUUUUGAAUUUCUAGGUGUGUUGGUGGCUUGGUUAGUAUUGUGAUCCACUUUUCGCUAUCAUUAUGUGAAUUUUUCAAUAUGGCCGUAAUGUUUUGUUUGAAUACAGUGGCUUUGAGAUGAAUAUUGAUGUUUUUGUAGGACAGUUUGAGUUAUAUAGGUAAAGGUGGUUUUAAUUACCAUGAGGUAUAGUUUAGGUGAUUUGAAUGUUCAGCCGUGACUGAUGGUUAUAGUUAUAAAUAAAUCGUAGGAUGAUUAACGAAGACGGACUUUGGGAUCAAGAUUGUUGCUUUGCCUGGUUAUCGCCUUAUUAGAGAAGGGCACGGAUUUGUGAGAUUAGGUAAUUAUUUAGUUAGUUUUAUCUUUAUGUCGAUAGAAUUGAUUAUGUCGAUAGAACUUUGUUGAUAUCCUGAUCAAAUUUGACAUUUGAUAUAUUAAUCAAACGUGUUCGAUUUUCUGUGGAUCCGUGGAAGCUGUCGGGAUUUGUUGAAGCCCUUGUUACUCUUCUAUUGAAGCAGAUGAUCAGGAUU